AAUUUUUUAAAAUUUAAAAUCAAACCUAACUAAAUUAAACCAAAUUAAGCAUCAAUUUUUUUAAUCGAUUUGAUUCGAUUUACGGUUAGAUUUGAUUUUUAACCAAAUCCAAAACACCCCUAUCUUCACAUAUAAAAUUAGGACAUUUUAUUACGUACAUGUUUUUGGAUGAACUGUUACUAUUUUAUUAAGAUUAGAAAAGCCCAAAGGAAGAUGGAUCUCUCGACUCUCUUCUGAAUCUCUGAUCAAACGAGAAACAGAGAAUAAGUACUUUUGGCUUCUUCUUCUUCACUUUAUCGAUCGAUUACUCAUUGAUUUCCCCACUUCUGUUUGUUUCAAAAUUGCCUCUUGAUCAACUACUGCCACUGCCUUUCUUCAUCAUAUUGGGAAUUUUCAAAUUGUGUCAAAUUCACCUAAAAAUUGAUGGUGAAUUGUUCAUGGGAAAAUGAGUUACUGAUGGAAUGGCAAAAGCGAUCAAUUUCUCUGUUACUACUCAACCUUUUCGAUCAUUGAAGAAAAAAGAGAAUAGUUUUUUUUUUUUUUGUUGUUGUUGUUGUGGAAGGAUAGUAUAUGGGGAGUUCACAGCAGGGUGGUAGUUUUGGGGACCCUCAACAAAUCUCCUCUGAUAAUGUUAAAGGUCUUUGCUUGGCUCUCUCUUCUAGUUUGUUUAUUGGCUCCAGUUUUAUUAUCAAGAAAAAGGGUCUUCAAAAAGCUGGUGCUUCUGGCCUCAGGGCAGGCGCUGGAGGUUAUUCUUACCUGGUGGAGCCUCUUUGGUGGGCAGGAAUGAUAACAAUGGUUGUUGGAGAAAUUGCUAACUUUGCGGCUUAUGCAUUUGCACCUGCUGUCCUAGUCACCCCUCUUGGUGCACUCAGUAUUAUUAUCAGUGCUGUGCUUGCUCAUAUGAUAUUGGGAGAAAAACUGCAUAUUUUUGGAAUCGUUGGUUGUGUUCUAUGUGUUGUGGGUUCAACAACAAUUGUUCUACAUGCUCCUCAAGAACGCCAAAUUGAGUCUGUAAAGGAACUCUGGGACCUUGCAACAGAACCUGCGUUCCUCCUAUAUGCAACUUUGGUUAUAGUGGCAGUUGUCAUAAUCAUUGUCCAGUAUGCUCCAAAAUAUGGACAGACUCAUAUAAUUACUUAUGUUGGAGUUUGUUCACUCGUUGGUUCUAUUGGGGUUAUGAGUGUCCAAGCACUAGGAAUAGCAUUAAAAUUAACAUUCUCUGGGACGAACCAGUUGUUGUAUCCUCAAACAUGGGUCUUUGCCGUUGUCGUGGUGACGUGUGUGUUUACACAAAUGAACUACUUAAACAAGGCUCUUGAUACAUUCAACACAGCUGUAGUGUCACCAAUAUACUAUGUGAUGUUUACAUCACUCACAAUACUCGCCAGCGUCAUCAUGUUUAAGGAUUGGAAUGGGCAAACUGCAACUCAAAUUAUUACGGAACUCUGUGGGUUUGUGACCAUUUUGUCAGGCACCUUUCUUCUUCACAAAACCAAAGACUUAGUUGAAGUAUCUUCACCAUCUGCGUUUAUGCGAUAUCCUAAAUAUGAUGAAGGAGGAUGCUCCAAUCAAGAAGGCAUUCCUCUUAAGCACCGAGAAUCCAUGCGAUAGCCUAGAUUUAGUUGAAUAUGACGGCAUUUUUCUUAGGAGAGAGGACAACUAUUGACCCUUCGUGCUCCACUUGUGGACGAUAAUAAGAUGGGAGAAAGUGUUUGGCUUGUUAGCUAAUGCAAUAGUCUCUUUACACACGCUACACUAGUUUGUACAUAAAACUACUACGGGACAAAGUGUAAGUGGGAGUCCAGUUAUCGGUAUAUCGUUCUUGUAGUUGGUAGUGCAACUUCCUGAGAAACUCGUGGCAUCAAAGCUGACAUCUCUCGGGAACUUAAGGAAAGACAUUCAGGCCGGUGCUUGAAGAAAUUCUCUAAAAAUCUUACUGAAGUUUGAAAUAGAUUCAUUUGGGAAUACCUAAUUACUUUUAAUGGAGAGAAUCAUGUGCAGCUCUCCCAUUCUUGUACCUAUUUCCUAAUUUUACUUGUAAAAUCAUCAAAUGAAUGAAAGGUAGUUGAUGCUUUAAGUUGAUCAUUGUUGAACUCCAGUUCCGUCAUAUUUUUUUUGGUUAAAGGAUAGGCUUUUCUUUUUGGUCAACUGUUUAUAGUUACAUGUAUUGAGCUAAUACUUUUUAGCCAGAAAUUUACUUGGUUUAUAAAAGAAUAGACUUGCUUGAUUUAGUUGGAUAA